UAUUAAUUCCACGGUAUCUAAAACGACGUCAAGGUCUUUACGAAUUGCAAACUCUUGAUAAAACAUUUUCAUUCGUGUUGGUUUGUGAAACAUAGUGAACGUCCGUAAAAUGAGCUUCUACAGUAAAGUGGUAUUAGUCACCGGAGCCAGUAGAGGAAUAGGAGCAGCAACAGCGAUACUGUUCGCUAAAGAAGGGGCUGAUGUAGUAAUUGUUGGAAGAAAUGAAGAAAAACUCAAAGAAGUCGAAGAGCAGUGUUCUAAAUUUGGCAAGAAACCCCUUAUUAUUACGGCAGAUUUGGCGAAAGAUGAUCAAGCUAAAGGUAUAGUCAAUAAAACUAUAGAUGCACUUGGAAAACUGGAUAUAUUAAUUAACAAUGCUGGCAUAUUGAAGAAAGAUGACAUUAAGUCAGAAGGCUUCGUAGAGACUUUCGACGAAGUGAUGAACACAAACCUAAGAGCUUCUGUAUUGAUAACCAACGUGGCCAUACCGCACCUGAUCAAAACAAGAGGCAAUAUCAUUAAUGUUUCAAGUGUAGCUGCAGAUUGCACAUCAAUUACAAAUUUCGUGAGUUACAGAGUAUCUAAAGCCGCCCUCAACCAUUUCACUCGCUGCAUAGCUUUAGAACUUGCUCCUCAUGGCGUCCGAGCUAACACAGUGAGCCCUGGCCCUGUGGAAACAGAUAUUUUCGAAACAGCUGGAAUCCCAGAAGCACUACAAAAUUAUUCUAGACAACUUCUCCUUAAGAAAGUCGGCAAGAAAGAAGAAGUGGCAGAUUUGAUCUUGUUUUUGGCCAGCGAGAAAGCGCAAAGUAUAACCGGAGCGAAUUACGUUAUAGAUAAUGGGUGGCUGUUAAACUAAUUACAUUAAGCUCCAGAUUGUCUUUUUUUUUAAUUGAUUAUUAAUUAUUAAUUAUUUAUAUAUUUUUAUCAAUUUAAAUUAUUAUUGACCAUAAAAUGAUAAGAAAAGUUUGUAUCCUCGUACUUUCGUAAAGGUUAUAAGACAUUAUUGAAUUAAAACAGAAACCAUGAACAUUUUGCAUGUACAUAUUAAAAUGAUGAAAUCAG